AUGGGCAUGCCAUAUUCAAAACAGAUCAAUGCGGCUUUUGACCAAGUAACACCGCUGGUGGGUGAGGGCUACAAAGUGCUGGAAACGAUCAAAAACAUCUCGGUUCUGCUGUCGUGGAUCCAAGUGCUUACAGUCGUGCUGUUGGGGUCAAUCGCGGGGUUGCUGCUGGCCUUACUCGUUACAAUAAACCCGGACCUGGAUCACGAACGUCGCCAACUCGUUACCCCCGUCGUGCGCUGGCUUUGCGCCCGUGUCCUUGCCCAUUUCGACUUUGUCGCCCACCACCCUUGGGUUGCCGUUUGCGGCUACCUGUCCGUCGUUGUCGGUGUUUUAUUCGUCGCCUUUUGCUUCAUCGAAUGGAUCGAUCCGCAUCUUGGGCUGCGUGGAGGUGACCGGAGCGAUGGGGGAAAAAAGGCUGAGGACGGAAACGAGGAAGAGUCCAGCGACAACAGCCGGCCCUCGUCCGCAAGAGGAUCCGAUAAAUGUGACGGCGCUCAGGACUAA